AUUAGUAUUAUUUUCUCGGUCGUAAUACAUACAAAUAGUAAUUGUAAAUUUUUUUCCGAGCGUGUUCAGAGAUUUUCGCGCUUAAAUUUCAAGUGUUAGCGAUAUCAAUACAUAAAACGAUUUCGGAACGCACACAAAUUUCGAAGCGGUACACUGCUCUGUGAGAAUUCGUAGGAUAUGUUUUCACGUUCAUAUCGGAGACGGCCGAAACCCAUGCGCCAGAGACCCAUCACUAAUAACGGGUUUUUGAACUAUUUGCGCGAAUUCGUAAAGCUUAACAGUGGAAUGGAUGUGCUGGAGGCGACUAAGUCCGGUGCCAGAUGCUGGAAGAAACUGAGCCAUACCGAAAUGGAAUCAUUCAGGCAGAUGGAAAGGUCGAGCGACGAUGUCGAUAAUCACAGUAUCUGCGAUUCCUCUGCUCCGGAGUUGGGAUCUUCCACAACAAAUGAGUCUGAGUCUCUAAGUAAAACCGACCUAAGGGCAAUGGACAUUUGCUGUCCAAAAAAACCAUCUCCACCCCCAUGCUGUCCACCGAAGAAGAAAAAGAAGAAGCCGAGCUGCCCAGAGCCGCCGCCAUGCUGUCCACCACCGAAGCGCAAGCCGAGAUGCCCCAAGCCCAAGCCCAGAUGCCCCAAGCCAAAGCCAAAAUGCAAGCCCAAGAAGAGGGCCUGCCCCAAAAAGAAGAAGCCUGCAUGCGGCAAGCGCAAGAAGUGCAGUAAGCCGGGCCCAGUCAUGAACAAUGGCUAUCUGAACUUUAUACGCGCUUAUCGCAAGAAACACUGUGGCCUCAAGCCCAAAGAACUGAUAAUGAAGGCGGCGCGUGCUUGGUGCCGUCUCUCCGAGGAGAAGAAGAAUAGAUACAGACGCAUGGCCUGUAAGGUAACCACGAGCUGUCGUCACAAGCGCCGUAGGGUGUGCACGGGCCGUUAAUUGGAAAUUGCCCAACACUGUCCACUUCCAAUGCCAAGGAUGCUUAGCAUUGUGUAUUGCUUUAAAGUCACAUAAUUCCAUGGUCCGAGACCGGCCUUCAAUCAAUUUAAAGCGUCAUCAGUCUAGCAAUACAUCAGUUCCACCAACAAAACACCCUUCAGCUGUUCGCCAAAAUUCUGCAACUUUCUGAGUGCUGUUCUAAGAAAUUAACGCCAGCCAGCCAACCUCCUCAAGCACAAAACAAAGUCUCGGCUCAACGUAAAAAUAAAUUGUAUGCCUGCUCUCAUGUAGUGUGUAGUACCGUCUUCCAAUCUAAAAGUAAUUGUCUUCACAUAGUGUAAUAGUAAUAAUAAAAUUUCUGUAAAUUCCUUAUGGUCCAAAUGCAAAUAGAAAUCGAAUCUA